GGAACAUUAAACAGAUGAUUAAAUUGACACAAGAACAUAUAGAAGCACUGCUAGACAAAUUUGGAGGAGAGCAUAACCCACCAUCAAUAUAUUUAGAGGCCUAUGAGGAGUACACCAGCAAGCUUGAUGCUCUACAGCAGAGAGAACAGCAGUUACUGGAAUCCAUGGGGAAUGGAACUGAUUUCUCUGUCUCCAGCUCAGCUUCAACAGACACAGUUGCAUCAUUUUCCUCCUCUAGCCUCUUUCUAGCACCUUCAUCCCUUUCAGUUUAUCAAAACCCUGAUAUGUCACGGAAUAACCCUAAGUCUCCACAGAAGCCUAUUGUUAGAGUCUUCCUGCCCAACAAGCAAAGGACUGUGGUUCCAGCAAGAUGUGGAGUGACAGUCCGAGACAGCCUAAAAAAAGCGUUGAUGAUGAGAGGUCUUAUUCCAGAAUGCUGUGCUGUUUACAGAAUACAAGAUGGAGAGAAGAAGCCAAUUGGCUGGGACACAGACAUUUCCUGGCUCACGGGAGAGGAGUUGCAUGUGGAAGUUUUGGAGAAUGUGCCGCUCACGACACACAAUUUCGUACGAAAAACAUUCUUCACGUUAGCGUUCUGCGACUUCUGUCGAAAGCUGCUUUUCCAGGGAUUCCGCUGCCAGACUUGUGGCUACAAAUUUCACCAGCGCUGUAGUACAGAAGUGCCACUGAUGUGUGUUAAUUAUGACCAACUUGAUUUGCUGUUUGUCUCCAAGUUCUUUGAACACCAUCCCAUACCACCGGAGGAGGCCUCCUUAGGAGAGACCACCCCAGCAUCUGGAUCAUACCCCUCAGUGCCCCCCUCAGAUUCCGUUGGACCACCAAUUCUCCCUAGUCCUUCUCCUUCAAAAUCCAUUCCAAUCCCACAGCCCCUCCGACCAGCAGAUGAAGACCAUCGGAAUCAAUUUGGGCAACGCGACCGAUCCUCUUCAGCUCCCAACGUCCACAUCAAUACAAUCGAGCCAGUCAAUAUUGAUGACUUGAUUAGAGACCAGAGUUUACGAGGAGAGGGAGCCCCUUUGAACCAGCUGAUGCGCUGUCUUCGGAAAUACCAAUCCCGGACUCCCAGUCCCCUCCUUCAUUCUGUCCCCAGUGAAAUAGUGUUUGAUUUUGAGCCUGGCCCAGUGUUCAGAGGCUCAGCUGCAGGCUUGUCUGCAACACCUCCUGCUUCUUUGCCCGGGUCACUAACCAAUGUGAAAGCGUUACAGAAAUCACCAGGUCCCCAACGGGAAAGGAAAUCAUCUUCAUCCUCAGAAGACAGAAAUAGAAUGAAAACUCUUGGUCGACGGGAUUCAAGUGAUGAUUGGGAGAUACCAGAUGGACAGAUCACAGUUGGACAGAGGAUAGGAUCUGGAUCAUUUGGAACAGUCUACAAAGGAAAGUGGCAUGGUGAUGUGGCAGUGAAAAUGUUGAAUGUUACGGCACCCACACCUCAACAGUUACAGGCUUUCAAAAAUGAAGUAGGAGUGCUCAGGAAAACACGACAUGUGAAUAUCCUGCUUUUCAUGGGUUAUUCAACAAAACCCCAGUUGGCUAUUGUUACACAAUGGUGUGAAGGAUCCAGUUUGUAUCACCAUCUACACAUCAUUGAGACCAAAUUUGAAAUGAUCAAGCUAAUUGAUAUUGCACGACAGACUGCUCAAGGCAUGGAUUAUUUGCAUGCCAAGUCAAUCAUCCACAGAGACCUCAAGAGUAAUAAUAUUUUUCUUCAUGAAGACCUCACAGUAAAAAUAGGUGAUUUUGGUCUAGCUACAGUGAAAUCACGAUGGAGUGGGUCCCAACAGUUUGAGCAGUUGUCUGGUUCCAUUCUAUGGAUGGCACCAGAAGUUAUUAGGAUGCAAGAUAAAAACCCAUAUAGUUUUCAGUCGGAUGUGUACGCGUUUGGGAUUGUUCUCUAUGAAUUAAUGACUGGACAGUUGCCAUACUCCAACAUCAACAACAGGGACCAGAUAAUUUUCAUGGUGGGACGAGGAUACCUAUCUCCAGACCUCAGCAAAGUACGGAGCAACUGUCCAAAAGCUAUGAAGAGACUAAUGGCAGAAUGCUUAAAAAAGAAAAGAGAUGAGAGACCCCUUUUUCCACAGAUUCUUGCCUCCAUUGAGCUUCUGGCCCGGUCAUUGCCAAAAAUUCACCGCAGUGCAUCUGAGCCCUCAUUGAACCGGGCUGGCUUCCAGACAGAGGAUUUUAGUCUAUAUGCUUGUGCUUCUCCAAAAACACCCAUCCAAGCAGGGGGAUACGGAGAAUUUGCAGCGUUCAAGUAGCCACAGCACCAUGGCAGCACCCACUCUGUUAUUUAAAGUCUUGUGUUCCUACAGUUUCUUAACAUCAAAAUUCCAUUCUGCUCUGCAAAACCUAAAGUAAUUUAGAAAAGAUAUCCAUAAGCUUAAAAGUGGAGCAGAAUGGAACCACCAGUCCAACACAAUGGGAAAAAGUACCUUUUUGGGAACCAGAGUCCUCUGCUGCCAGUGUUUCUCCUUCAACACAAACCACCACGUGCAUUCGGAGACCUGCAGUGGCUGCCUGUGCCGUUGGCAUCAUUCCCAGGAGAGAGGAGAGGGCACUCGUGGUGUGACUGUGGUGCUCGGGCGUGAGGGGAUGGAGCUGCUGCUGCUGCUGCAACUUAGGAGACUUGCUUUGGAUGGUCUGCCGGCCGCCUUUCUCCCUCUAACAGCGCAACCAUCAGAGGCUGAACAUCUGAUGAGUGCUAACUUCAAAGAAUCAUUUUCCAUUCUGAUCCUUUUUUUUUCCUGGUGUACUUACUGAUUUAUGGACAACGCAGUAUCCCCUUUUCACCGUAUUACAGUUUCAAACACCUCAAUCUGUCUCUAUUACUGGGGUUCAUUCCUUUAAAAUUCAAAGUGUGUGGGGCAGUAGAAGCUGGAGAUGUUAUUCUGAAGGCACAGAGGUUCAUCUGAAGGAAAAGGGGAUGCUGCCACACCUUUUUUCCAGAUUUACUUUACAACUUCCUAAAAAGAACAAACAACAACCACCAUCCUUAACCUUUUUCCUUUUCCAGUAUUUUCUUGGUGUGUGCUUAUACAACAUCUUUUUGAAGGAUUAGGUCAAUCCUUCUUUUGUUGGUCCAGCAACAAACUGAAGUUUAAAAAAAUGUAGCGAGAUUGUCCUCUCUUCUAUUUUUUUUGUAUCAUAUGAUACAAUAUAUUUAUCAAAGAUGCUACUGCAGCAUCUAAAGUCUGUAGAAAUCCUGAUACAGACUGUGAAUGGUGUAUGUACCUACUUUAAAAGUUUUAUUUUAAACGAGGGUGCAGGUUAAUGCCAGGUACCUUACCAAUAUGUAAUGUUUUCAUAAAUGAGGAAAAAAGUUCUCAGGUUGAAUUGAAUACAAAUACAAUCCCCCCCUAGAAUUAGACAUUCCAAAAAUUAUGUUUUGGUACUUUCAAGAGCUUUUUUUAAAGGAUUUUUAUCCUGUUAACUAAACGUCCUCUGAUAAGUGUGCGUGUAAAUGUGGAGCAUCUUGUCCUAAUGGCAAGUUGUUAGAUCAAAACAAAACGGUACUUGCUGGAUCCACGCUGACUACUCCUCCUCUCAUUACUUUCCUCCCUGUCAUCUCUUCCCUUUUGUUUGUCUUUCCCUUCUGUACACUUUGCAAACUAGGAUGAAGGUGGCGGUAUCUCCAUUAGAGUGCUUUGUUUUCCUGUCCUCCAGUCCUGGUUUUCAAAUGGUUAGUAGCUUUUUGACAAGUUACCCAGUCAGGGAAAACAACAACUCAUAAAGUUCACAUCAUUUACCUCUAGUAGAAUAUAUCAUGAUGUGAUCUGCUUGCAGAGUUCUCUGGUAUGUGGUAUUACCUGUAAAUUAUUUGUACAGAGGUAAGGCAGACUACAUUGGAAAGAAACUCAAGCUCAGACAGAAGUUUCCAGAAUUUGAUUCAUAUCAGCCCUGUACCACUCCAGGUGAGGCAGAAGAAAUGACCCCCCUCUAGCAGGGAGUUUCUUGCUGGGAGGAGCUGGGGAGUGUUUAACAAAAUAAUGAUGAAUAAAUGAAGGAGUUAAAUGUG